UGAAAAAUGUCAUCAAAUAAAAAAAAAUUUGAAUGGCCGUAUCCAAAAAUUAAUCAUUUUCCUGGAAGAAUUGAACGAUUCUCGUACCGAACUUAUAACUGGUUUGAAAACCGCCUUUGGCCAAUCAGACCAAUUCCAUUUCUGGCCCUUGUCACAACUGCUACUGGUUAUCAACUGAGAAACUUUAGCCUCCCAGACAUUCAGCAGAACAUUCAAACGAUUGUGAGGCCCCUUGCGAUUUCUAUAGGAUCUGUGUACACUUCCGUAUUCCUUCUUCGUCAUUUCCUAAAAUAUUUUUAUUUUUCUUACAAAGGAUAUUUGAAGGAGAACCCAAAAAAACCAUCUUUUUUUACAAUUUUAUGGGGUAUUCUCAGAAAAGCAGUCCUUACAAUUGCACCUCCUCAACUGUCGUCUUGUGACCGACUACUUCCUAAUAUUCCACUCCCUGCUCUAAAAAACACAGUGAAGCAAUAUGUGGAUUCAAUGCAAUUAGUUUUAUCAGAGGAAGAUCACACUGAACUGAUCAAGACAUCAAACCAAUUUUUGAAAGAGGAAGGACGGAAAUUACAACGAUGUGCAUGGCUUUGGCAUAAGCUUAAUGAAAAUUACAUAACCUAUUUUUGGGAAAAAUACAUCUACAAUGCAGGGCGAUAUGCUCUACCUAUUAAUAGUAGUAUUGGACAAUGUGUUAUGUACGGAGAAGAUGACUUGACUCAAGUGUACCAAGUUGCCAGAUUGUUGCGAUAUGAGUCGCUUGCGAACUUGUCCUUGGACCGGCAAAAGUACAUGGCAGUUGGGGAAGGUCUUCUAUCUACCAGACAUUAUAAAAACAUUUACAAUGGAUGCCGGGUACCUGGAAAAGAAAUUGAUCAUUUCCAAUGGAAUCCACCGAGCAAGCAUGUACUUCUGGUACACAAAGGUACUUGGUACAAAGUGGAUACUUUUGAUCGAAACGGAAAAUUGUACAGUGUCGAUAAUUUGGCAAAAAUUGUUUCGGAAAUAAUGCACCGACAAGACAAGGCAGAUGGAUUCCUCUCAAAAAUUGGAAGUUUAACUACUGAUCGCCGGACUGAAUGGAGCAUAAACCGGGAAAAGUUCUUCCUAAAUAACAAGAAUAACAAAAAGUUAUUGGAGAUCAUUGAGACAGCACAAUUCGUAGUAGCGAUUGACGGAACUAAUCAUUGGGGAGUUGAAUCAACUAAACAAGUAUCUCGGUAUAUGAAAGAUAUGUUGGCUGGAGAUGGUACUAAUCGAUGGUUUGAUAAAACUAUGAACUAUGCUGUUGACGAGACGGGAAGAGGUGGGGCUACUGGAGAACACUCUCCUUGCGAUGGAGCUGAGUUAGACCACCUUUGCGAGAAUUUCUUGAACAUUGACAAACAAAUCUUGAAGUCCCCGAGCAAAGAAGAACAAUUGGAGAUUGCGACUGUCACUGAGCAAGAUUUGAAAUCAUUGAAAUUGGCAGAAAAACUUGAUUUUGAAAUAGUUGAUGGAAUGGAAUCAGAAAUUGAAAGAUGCUAUGAAGCUCACACAAAAUCGUUCAACGAUCUUCAUAUGCAUUCCAUGGUGUUUUUGGAUUUUGGAAAAGGAAAAUUAAAGGAAUGUGGAAUUUCUCCAGAUGGAUUUGUCCAAAUGGCAAUUCAGUUGGCUUAUUACAAAGAUCAAGGAAAGUUCACUCAAACAUAUGAACCAGGUUCAAUUAGAUUCUACGCAAAUUCAAGAACAGAAACUUUGAGACCAGUAACAAAAGCGUCUUGUGAAUUUGUUGAAGCCAUGCUCUCGGAUAAAUCUGAUAUAGCCUCCCGCAGGAAGUUAUUGAAAGAAGCUUGUGAAGUUCAUGUGAAUAACUGUAAAGAAAUCAUGCUAGGAAAUGGAUUUGAUCGUCAUCUAUUUGUACUAUGUGUUCUUGCAAAAGGACUUGGAUACGAAAGUCCAUUCCUCAAUUUCUUCCAAAGUCAGAAGUGGCUUCUGAGUACCAGUAAUAUUCCCAAUAUGACAAACUCGAUUGAUGAAGAUUCUUCAAUUGACAAGAUAAUGCUUGGUGGUUCAUUUGGAGCUGUAGCACAAGAUGGGUACGGAAUCUGUUACCGAUUCGGAGGAAAUCAAGCAAUUCUUGUUCAUAUUACUUCGUAUCAUUCAUCAGAAGUCACAGAUUCGGAUAGAAUGGGAAAUCGGUUGAGAGAAGCAUUUCAUAGUUUGGUUGAUUUAUUUUAAACUGUUUUUUUUUCAAACAAAGUUGUUAUUCUUUUUAGGACAGAAAAAAUAAAAAAGUUCAUC